AUUGGGAUGAAGGUUGGGAUGAUAGUAUUGAUCAGAUAGAUUUUAAUGGAAAUACCAGUAUUGUUCGGAGAUUAGAAGUUUUUCAAGUACAAAUGAGUGAAUAUUGUUUGAAUGAGUCAAGAAAACCCGAAAAAGUAGCUACUUUGUUCAAUGAAACAGGUGAAACGUAUUAUUUACAUUUGCGUGAUGAUUGGCUAGAAACACCUAUUUAUGAUGGAAAUGUUGUCAAUGUCUUUGGAAAUUUUGACAAUGAAAACAG